AUGACAUCAGUCAACAACCCUCCUCUCAAAAGAAUAAGAGCCGCGGAACUUGAUACCUCAGAAUUGGAGCAGGAAAACAGGCUUACCAUCAUAGGCCGACUCACAAACCCUGGGAAGCAACAACUAUGGGGAAUGAUCACGUUCCUCCCCAAACGAUGGGAUCUCAGAGGCAAGGCCUUCAGAGCCGACUUAGGCCAGGGUUGCUUCCAAUACCACUUCGACUUCGAAUAUGACUUACAGAAAGUCUUAGAUAACCGUCCCUAUCACUACUCAGAAUGGAUGGUGAUACUCCAAAGGUGGGAGCCUGUCAUCUCACCAGACUUUCCCUCACAAAUCCCUUUUUGGAUCGAGCUAAAAGGCAUUCCGCUACACUACUGGAGAAGAGAGCUUCUGAGAAAAUUUGGAAGAGAACUGGGAGUCGUUGAAGACAUCAACAUCACAAAAGGUGCAGCCAAAAUAAAAGUCAGAAUCGAUGGCCUACAACCGCUAACAAAAGCAACAAUUCUUGAACUACCAGGAGGAAUGAAAGCUAUUGUCAACCUCCACUAUGAAAAACUCAAGAAACACUGCUCUAUAUACCAUAUUCUCUCUCGCGAAAAGGAAUCAUGUCCACAAAACAGUGAUAUGGCUGACCAGAGAGAGAAAAGGGAACCAUCAGGAAGAAAACGCUCACCACCACCAAAACAGAGAGGACAUCAUAGUAAAAGGAACGCUUACCGGGACCGACUGGAUAGACAUGACAAACCCUUCGGACCAAGACCCUCACAAACCAUGUCAAGACAAAGAACCUCUUACGAUUCUGAGCACCAAACCUCUCACGACCAUCAGGAUUAA